GCUGAAGAAGCGCGUGAGACUCUCACUCGCUCUAAACCGUGAACAACUCGUGCAAGCCUCGUCUAAUUGUCUAAACAACCAACUAACGACGACGACGACGACGACGAAUCUCUUCUUUCUUUCUUUGGAUUCGCGGCGUCUCUGUUUCUCCCUCUCUCUAACGAAAUCCGUCGAGUUUGGCCCAAUUAAAACCCUUGAUUCUCCUCCCCAGUACAGGGAGGGGCUGGAGGACUGUUAAGGUUUUGAUACCUACAAAUGGAUUUAGAUGAUAAAAUACUUGCCAAAGGUUCAAGUUUCCAAUUGAACGAGGUGCUAUCCUUUGACGUUCAAAUUCACAUGGAUUGACCCGACCCGAUCCAAUAAAAAAUUUGCCCACUAGGGUAGUAUAUAUAUAAAGUUUUGCCAAGGGGAAAGGAAAACCUAGUAGCCUCAUUCACCUCAACAUUGGCGGCUCUUGUAAGCUUCUGGUAUACAAAGCCUUUCGUCCAGUGUACAGAGCACCCCAGAGAAAAAUGGGCAUUAUGAUGAUGCUUCAAGAAGCCCAGAACUCCUUCAAGAAUUUCUAAAAUCCGGUCCUAAGAAGGAACUUCUUCGUAGUUGCUCUGAUAAAGAUAAGAAACGCUCGGCUUCUUCAAAAAGCAAGAUUGCAGACCAUUUGAAGACAAGUAGCAAGAUGAUUAAGAAGCAGGAUCAAAAAAAGGCUUCUUCUAGCACCAACAAUCAGCCAUCUUCCAGGAAGCAAAGCAGAAAGGGAGAUAACCCUAUGCGACUCCCGCCUACUGCUGAGCAGUCUUCAGAUUUUGGAUAUUCUAACUCAUGGAUCUGUAAAAAUUCUGCUUGCAGAGCUGUUCUAUCUAUCAGUGACACAUUCUGCAAAAGAUGCUCUUGCUGCAUCUGUCACUUGUUUGAUGACAAUAAAGACCCUAGUCUCUGGUUGGUUUGUGCAUCUGAAUCUUUUGACGGGGACUCUUGUGGGUUAUCUUGUCACAUUGAGUGUGCCCUUCAACAUGAAAAAGUGGGGGUUGUCAAUCUUGGCCAAUUAAUGCACUUAGAUGGUAGCUAUUGCUGUGCUUCUUGUGGUAAAGUUUCAGGAAUAGUUGGAUGCUGGAGGAAGCAGCUAACAAUAGCCAAAGACGCUCGUCGUGUUGAUGUGCUUUCUUAUAGACUAUAUCUAAGCUACAGGCUCCUGGAUGGCACCUCAAUGUUCAAAGAACUGCACGAGAUUGUAAAAGAAGCAAAAGCUAAACUAGAAACAGAAGUGGGCCCAGUAAAUGGAAUUUCUGCUAAGAUGGCACGUGGCAUUGUCAGCAGACUCUCUGUUGCAGCUGAUGUGCAGAAACUUUGCUCUAAUGCAAUUGACAAAGCAGAUGAAUGGCUGGCCACCAUUUCUGACCUUAAUUCAAACCGAAGAGAAGACUCACUUCCUUGCAAAUUCAUAUUUGAAGAAAUAACAUCUACCUCCGUUAAGAUUAUAUUGAUUGAACUGUCGACUCCAUCAUCUAAUGAUGUUAAAGGCUACAAGCUCUGGUAUUGCAAGAGUCAAGAAGAGACGCACACAAAAGAGCCUGUUUGUGUCUUUCCAAGAGCUCAGAGAAGGAUUCUGGUAUCCAAUCUGCAGCCCUGUACUGAAUAUACCUUCCGUAUUGUUUCUUAUACAGAGGCUGGAGACUUGGGUCACUCUGAGGCCAAGUGUUUCACUAAGAGUGUAGAAAUAAUUGACAAGAAUCCAGUUUCUGCGGUUGCCGUGUAUCGUAAGAAAGAUAAAGCUGUGACUGAAAGAAGCUCUUCUAGUGUCAACAGGGGGCUUUCAGUCAAUUGUCCCGGAUUCAAAGUUCGCGACCUUGGGAAGAUGCUGCAUCUGGCUUGGGCUCAACAGGAAGGCUGCUUUGAAGAAUUAUGCAGGGCUGAUUUGGAAAAAUGCUGUGGAGCAAGCAGCGACAUGAAGCCUGAAACUCCAGAAGAAGAUGCUUUGCCACCAGUUUCACGUGGACUGGACCUAAAUGUUGUUCAAGUGCCUGAUUUAAAUGAAGAGCUAACUCCUCCAUUAGAAUCUUUGAGAGAUGAAGAUAAUGGUUGCACUUUGGAGGGUGUAGUUGUGGCUGAUGAGGAUGCUGCUUCUCAUGAGUUACAGAAGAAUGGUUUAGCCAGAUCAGAUGGACGUGGUGGCUCCAAGACCUGGAACCAUGGGCCCAAUGGAGAACUGCCAACUGUUGAUUCUCGAGGAGAGUUUAGCAGAAAAAGGGCAGCAGCGCAGUUUAAUGAAGAGACGCACGACUGUGAUAGCACACUGAUAAACGGGCCACCAGUCCACCUUACAAAUGGAAGGGGUUCCUUAGACAAUAACUUUGAGUACUGUGUGAAGAUAAUUCGAUGGCUGGAAUGUCAAGGUCACAUUAACCAGGAAUUUAGAUUGAAAUUGCUAACAUGGUUUAGCUUGAGAUCAACAGAGCAGGAACGAAGGGUGGUCAACACCUUCAUUCAAACUCUGAUCGAUGACCCAAGUAGUUUGGCAGGACAGUUGGUUGACUCCUUUUCAGAUAUGGUAUCCAGCAAGAAGCCUGGCAAUGGAUUUUGUAGCAAGCUUUGGCAUUAACUGAGGAAGGGCAUGCAUCAAUCAUCAUCAUCAUCAUAAAAAGAGGAUUCUUAUUUGCUUCAUAUUAAAUUUUUUUCCCUUGCAAUUGAUUUACCUCUAAUUGUUUCGCCAUUCUUUACAGAGGGUUUCUUAAAUCACUUUUACAAGUGAUUCAUUUUUAUUAUUCCAGACGACUGGCUAAACAAGUCUGGUUGCUGGUUAUGGAGGCAGUUGCUGAUUGAUUCAUUGAAGAGCAGGCUAUGGAUGUGAAGUUUCAUCAUUCUUGUGGAAUGCACUUGCCAAUCCACAGAUUGCCUCUAAUUUGCAGUUCAUUCUGUAGUUUUUAAUUAUAGAGGACGCAUUUAUGGAUUAUAAUUGUUAUUGCCUUCUUUAGUUCAAAGAGGGAUACUUUUAAUUGAUUUCAGAUGUUAGUCAGACACUUAAAAUUUC